AUGGAUACGGCGCCUGUGUUCCAGUCCAGCUUCUCCAUACGCUCGCUGCUCUCCAGCACGCAGCUGGAGGAGGAGUCGGGUCAGCAGAUCGAUGUCGAGGUCGAGGCACAAGCCAAAGUAGAGCCACACAAAUAUUAUACUAGCUCCAGUCCAAGCGAUUCCUGCAACAGCUCCGAGGAUGCGUCCUCUGAAGAUGGCAACACCCAUUCCCCCACAGCAAGCUCCAGCAGCAGCAGCAGCAGCAGCAGCAACAGUAAUAGCAUAUCGGAUGUGAAGCCCGCCUUUACGUAUAGCGCGUUGAUUGUGAUGGCCAUAAGGCGGAGUCCGGAGAAGCGAUUGACACUGAGCGGCAUCUGCAAGUGGAUAGCCGAUAAUUUUCCCUACUAUCAGAAUCACAAGAGUGUCUGGCAGAACUCCAUACGCCACAAUCUGAGCCUCAAUCCGUGCUUUGUACGUGUGCCGCGCGCCCUCGAUGAUCCGGGACGUGGCCAUUACUGGGCCCUGGAUCCGUAUGCCGAGGAUCUGACCAUUGGCGAGACAACGGGCCGUUUGCGUCGCAGCAACAACUCGCUGCUGGGCCGCAGCAAGGCAACGGCUCAUGGCAAGAGUCAUGCCUAUGCGCAUCCUUAUCAGCAGCUAACCGGCAAUCCAGCUGCGGCGGCAGCGCUCUACGCUCAGCUCUUCAAGCCGCACGCUGCCUACUUUCCCAUCGUGCCAGAGCCAGCACAGCCCCAGCAUCCAAUCAUGAUGCAGAGCGGCCAGCAUGCGAUUGGAGCUGGCAUGGGCGUAGGCAUGGGCAUGAGC